UCAAAUGCCAGCAGAGCAACAAGCGAAGAUUUUCGAACGCGCUGCGCCUGGCGUACGCAAAGUCAUUGUCGCAACAAAUAUUGCCGAAACUAGUCUGACUGUGGACGGGAUUAUGUAUGUGGUUGAUGCGGGCUACUCGAAACUGAAAGUCUAUAACCCCAGGAUGGGCAUGGAUACGCUUCAAAUAACACCGAUCUCACAGGCAAAUGCCAACCAGCGUUCUGGAAGAGCAGGAAGAACGGGGCCAGGCAAAGCAUAUCGUCUUUAUACGGAAGUGGCGUAUAAAAAUGAAAUGUACUUGCAAACGAUCCCGGAAAUCCAGCGAACCAGUCUAUCAAACACAGUACUUCUUCUCAAGUCUCUCGGGGUGAAGGAUCUCUUGGACUUUGAUUUUAUGGACCCCCCGCCCCAAGAAACCAUCUCCACCUCCCUUUUCGAACUGUGGUCCUUGGGAGCGCUAGACAAUCUAGGAGACCUAACGCACUUAGGACGACGCAUGACACCAUUCCCAAUGGACCCCCCGCUCGCCAAACUCAUCAUCACAGCAGCAGAACAAUACGGCUGCAGUGAGGAAAUGCUGACCAUCGUAUCGAUGUUAUCCGUGCCGAGUGUGUUUUACCGACCCAAAGAGCGACAAGAAGAAUCCGACGCCGCUCGAGAGAAAUUCUUCGUCCCCGAAUCCGACCACCUCACCCUUCUCCACGUCUACACCCAAUGGAAAACAAACGGCUAUUCUGAUUCUUGGUGCACAAAACACUUCCUACACGCCAAGGCGCUGCGUCGCGCGAAAGAAGUCCGUGACCAACUGCACGACAUCAUGGUCGUGCAAAAGAUGCCCCUCGUUAGCUGCGGCACAGACUGGGACGAGAUCCGAAAAUGCAUCUGUUCUGGCUUCUACCACCAAGCCGCCCGAGUAAAGGGAAUCGGCGAGUUCAUCAACCUCCGCACAAGCGUUAGCAUGGCUCUCCACCCAACCAGUGCUCUAUACGGCCUAGGUUACGUCCCAGAGUAUGUAGUCUACCACGAGCUCAUCCUCACAAGCAAGGAGUACAUGUCCACCGUAACCGCAGUCGAUCCUCAUUGGCUCGCCGAACUCGGUGGCGUCUUCUACUCCGUCAAAGAAAAGGGCUACUCACACCGCGAACGCCGCGUCACAGAACACGAGUUCAACCGCCGAAUGGAAAUCGAAGCCCAGAUCGCCGCAGACCGCGAACGCGCCGCAGUAGAAAAACAGCGCGAGAAGGAACGCACCGAGUUCUCCAGGCGCAAGAAUGAAGUCGAGGUUGGGUCUUCUGUUGUGAGACGGCCUGCGCCUGCCGCGAAGAGGAUCGGGGGUGUGAUGGCGAGCUCAGGGUUAGGUACGGGCCAGCGGAAUGCUCCUGGUGCCGGUGCUGGUGCUGGUAGAGGAGGGAGUGUAGUGAAGAAGCCACAGAUCAUGCGGAAGCCAGGGAGGAGGGCUUUCUAGUCACCACCGGGGUAAAUGCCGACAUCAACCGGGCUAUAUAAACGAAGCAUGAAAAUGGAUAUAGGAUAGAGCGAAGUAGACUUGUAUAAUAUACCAUACUAUCCCACACUAUAUCAUAC